AUGCAUUUUUUUCUUAUAGGUUUUUAUGCAGCUCAUCAUAUGCUUCGUUUUCGUGCAUUAAGUAGUCUUCAUGUCGCUUAUCGUGCUAUCCCUCUCACAAUUCUACUUGUUGGUCUUGCAUACGUUCAUGUACUCUUCUUUUUUCGAAUUAAUAUCCAACAACAAACAUGUGUUCCGAUGCCAAGCACAUAUCAACAAUUUUUUGGUGCAUGGCACCUUGUUGCAUUCAGUUUAGUUUCAUCGAUGUUCAUGCUUUUCUUUGAAUUAAGUACUGUUCGAAAUAUUCAUCAAUCGAUUAGACGCGUUGGACUAAAUACUAAUCAUAUGCAAGUUCCACAAUAG